CAUUUGAUCCCACCCCAAUAUUUGAUCCACCUGCAAGGUGCGGUGUUGGCAUUCAGUAAAACUAAGUUGCAGGUGCCACCAUACUUCCUUUUUUUAGCAUACCAAUUCUAUCAGAAUGGGACGUGUUAUUCGUGGUCAGCGUAAGGGUGCGGGGUCUGUUUUCAAGUCCCACACCAAGCAUCGUAAGGGAUCGGCUGGUAUUAGACACAUCGACUAUGCCGAGCGUCACGGUUACGUGAAGGGUAUCAUCAAGGAGAUCAUUCACGAUCCUGGACGUGGAGCUCCCCUAGCCAAGGUUCACUUCCGUGACCCAUACCGCUACCGAAUCAAGAAGGAGCUUUUCAUCGCCCCUGAGGGAGUCCACACUGGACAGUUCAUCUUCUGCGGAAAGAAAGCUUCUCUUGCCAUCGGAAACGUACUUCCCGUUGGCCAGAUGCCCGAAGGUACCAUCAUCUGCAAUGUAGAGGAGAAGGCCGGUGACCGUGGAAGCAUGGCGCGUGCAUCAGGUAACUACUGCACAGUUGUCUCUCACAACAAGGACUCUGGCAAGACUCGUCUGCGUCUUCCUUCCGGAUCCAAGAAGAUCGUCCCCUCCAAGUGCCGUGCCACCGUAGGUAUCGUUGCCGGUGGAGGUCGUAUUGACAAGCCUAUGCUUCGAGCUGGUGCGUCGUACCACAAAUACAAGGUCAAGCGUAACUCGUGGCCUCGCGUGCGUGGUGUUGCUAUGAAUCCCGUCGAGCAUCCCCACGGUGGUGGUAAUCACCAGCAUAUUGGUUUCCCGUCGACUGUGCGUCGUGAUGCACCUGCUGGAGCUAAGGUCGGUCUUAUCGCUGCCAGACGUACCGGUAGAAUCCGCGGUUCCACUAACAACAAGAACGAGUAAAUUUCGGGUCAAGUAUAAAGUGCUGCGUACCGCUGUAUGUAUGGUCUCGAAUAUUAUUAUUUUUCUUGCGAUUGUUAAAUACAUCUUUGAUACUCGCGGGUACUAUACAUGUAAUCAAUAAUUUUUCUACUGCUAUUGGUAGUCCUGUUUCUUCGUUAUUUGUAUACUGAAAUUUCUCGUAAUCUAUCAAUAAUUUUAUUGCGUUGGACCGUUUGUUUUGUCGAUUUUUAAUCCUGUUGGCAACUGCCGC